UCACGGGUGCUACAUGGGGACGCCCUUAGGCAGCUCGGGCUCCCGGGGGUGGGGCAGAGGAGCUGCGCGAAGAGCCGCUUUCAGUUUCGUUUCUCCGCGGAAGACUCACAACAAUAAAUAGGCAAAGAGGCUGCAGGGAGCGCCGGGGCGGAGCCGUGCCAAGGCCUCCCGGCGGAGCUGCACCAGGGGGUCGCGGGGUGAGGGGCUCGGAGCUGCCCGGGAUGGCCCGUCCCGCGCUGCCCAGCCAGGCGCUGCAGGCGCUGUGCUCCGCCGGCGGCUCCCUGGAGCAGGGCGAGCUGUCGCGGCGGCUGCCGGCCUCGGGUCCCAGCCUGGACAGCCUGUUGCUGACCGAGCCGGAGCGGUUCACGCUGGUGACCCGGCCCGGGCCCUGCUCGCCCGGCGGCCCGCCGCAGGAGCAGCGGGUGGUGGUGGCCACUAGUGCGGUGCGGCUGUGCCAGGAGCACGGCGCCCCGGGAGCCGGCUGCGGGGGCCAGUGCGGCCAGCUCCACAUCUGCCGGUACUUUCUGUACGGCAACUGCCGCUACCAGCGCACCAGGAAAGAAUGCAAGUUUGUUCAUAACUUUCAGUCAGAGCAUAACCUCCGUGUCCUAAAAAGACAUGGUCUUGAAAACUUAAAUGAUGAUGAGUUGCGUCAGCUCCUGCUUCAGAAUGAUUCUUCGCUCUUACCUGAGGUAUGUAUGCAUUAUAACAAAGGCGAUGGACUCUAUGGGUCUUGUACCUUCAAGAAGAUCUGCACCAAACUCCAUAUGUGCCAGUACUACUUGCAGGGCGAGUGCAGAUUUGGCAGUAGUUGCAAGCGAUCACAUGACAUUUUUAAUCUGGAGUGUUAUGAAAAACUGGAGAGGCGGGGAAUGAGCCCAAACCUGAUUGCCAAACUGCCCUCUAUCUUCAGGAACAUGUAUGACAUCAAAAAUGGCACCUCUUCACCAUGCAAAGCGAGAAGAGACAGUCUUAGUCAGGUGUCCCUGAAUACAAAUAGUAAUGAAGAAUUAGAUGAGAUCUGCUUGUACUACAUACGGAAAAGUUGUAGCUUUCAAGAUAAGUGUAUCAGAGUUCAUUUUAAUUUGCCAUAUAGAUGGCAGAUCUUGGAAGGUGCCCUGUGGAAGGACUUGAAGGAUAUGGAGAAAAUUGAAAAGGCAUAUUGUGACCCCAGUAAUACCAGAUUUUCAUACAGUGGCUUGCAGUAUAUAUCUUUUCAGAACAUGACCUAUGGCUCUGCCAAAGUUAGGCGCCUCUCCACAGCAUCGUCUGUGACCAAACCCCCUCACUUCAUUCUUACAACAGAUUGGCUUUGGUACUGGAAGGACGAAUAUGGUGUGUGGCGUGAAUAUGGAACAGAAGAUGAUAAUCAUGAUGCUUCCACUGUAUGUAGCAGUGACCUGGAGCACGCUUAUCUAGCAAAAGUAUCUCCAACAUUGCAGUUCAAAGCUGGGAGACAUGAAUAUGAACUCAACUUUAAAGCCAUGAAUCAGAGAAACCUUCGCUAUAAGACACAGAGAGAGGUUUGCAGGAGACCCAAAUUCCUCUCCCCGCAAGACGUGGAAAAACGGAGAAUCAGUGGUGUGGAGCAUUCACAGGAAGAAUCCAUUCCAGCUCACUGGGACAAAUCAGCUUUACCAGAAUUGGGAUACAAGCUGAUCAAACUUCUCAGCUCUUCUGACGAAUACAAGAAGGUCCAGGCUGACUUUCAGCGCACAAUGCCCAAAACAGUCAUUCAAGAGAUUCAGAGAAUCCAGAACCCGACUCUUUGGAAAGUGUAUCAGUGGCAGAAAGAGCAAAUGCAGAAGACUAGUGGAGGAAAGGAUGUGUGUGAAAGACACUUAUUUCAUGGGACCAGUAAAAAGCAUAUCGAUGCCAUCUGCCAGCAGAACUUUGACUGGAGAAUCUGUGGUCUUCAUGGGACAGCUUAUGGCAAAGGAAGCUACUUUGCAAGGGAUGCAUCGUAUUCUGAUAACUAUAGCAAGACCGACUCAAACAUCAAGACCAUGUUUCUGGCUCGGGUCUUGGCGGGGGACUUUACCCUUGGUAGCUCUUCCUAUCUUCGUCCUCCCGCCAAGGACAGCGGAAACAAUUUCUAUGACAGCUGCGUGAACAGCCUUUCGAAUCCAUCUAUCUUUGUCAUCUUUGAGAAACAUCAGAUUUAUCCUGAAUAUCUGAUUGAAUACAUGGACCAGGCGGUGGCAACUGCUCUCUCAAUGGCUGCACGUGCUUAUUUUCGGAAUUGACUUAACUGAGGGGAGUUAUUUGUUUAAUAAAAAUGUGCCCAGUAUGUUUUAGAUACAUUUAGACUCCCCACCCUCUCCUUGUAACAGUAAGCAGGGGUGACUAUCUUAAAAAAUUUUAGAAAAGCCAUAGUAUUUUUAUGAAUUUUUAAAAUCCAGUCUUUAUUCCUAAAUUUCUCUAGUGGGGCUAACUUGUUUUUCCCACUGUUAGUCUGUUCUGGGGGAUUUAAGAAAUCCAGUAGAUGUUCAUAUGAUUCUUGCAAUGUGAGAUGAAGUAAUAGAAAAGCAGAUGGUUGUGAUGUCAUAUGAAAUUCUUCUAAAAAAAAAAAAAAAAAGUAAUUAUGUUUUCAUUAGUUCUCCCCUAAUGAAGUUAGCUGUGAAACUAGUUAGCCAGGGCAGAAUCUGCACAAGGCUUCUUGUGGGCAAGCAAUUUAAUAGUUUCCUUGGACUGUUGCACACACGGACCUCCUGUGGAUCACUGCUACCACAUCAGGGUGACCUCCUACAACCCUCUACUUGCUAAGGGUUCCUCCUCCUAAUACCUCAGGCCUGCUAAGCCCCAAAUGUGGGUUACAAAUAAAAUAAUGCAGGAAGCUUUAAAUCUGCAGUUACAUUAGUUUGAUUCAGGAUUUGUGAUGUUAACAUAAAUGAGAGAGUUGUGUGUUGUGGUUGGAACAGCGGCAAGCUUAGGUGUGUAAGAAGGGACACCAGAGCAGUUGGUUUGUGUUCUUUCUCCUCUCCAGCGGAACUACUUCAGGCAAAACAUCUAAGAAUUUCUCUCUCUUACUCUUUUUUCUCUGUUAGACUUUCCUGUAGAAUUGACGUUUUUCUGACCUGGUGUGAGAGAGGUGGCUGCUACAGCUUUCUGAUAUUAUCUGUUCCUAGUUGUCAGAGGUGGUAUAUAGAUACAUGUUUGCGUUAUUUAAAAGCAUGAUUCUACUUUAAGAAUCAGUGUGGGGAUCGUGUUUAUUGUCUCGGUGGCCCCAGAUUAAAAAAGUUUUUACAAGGCUGUUUUUCCUAGCUGUCAGCCCUGCAAACUCAACUUGGGGAUCUAAGCGUUGAGCGAGGUUCUUUCCUCCUCCUUUAUCAAUGCCAAUAAUAAAGGUUCCGUAGGUCAUGUCGUAUGUCUUCAGUGACAUCUGUGCAAACCCACUAUAUUCUGUGGAGGCUACACAGGUUUAAGUGAUUGGUCCUGUAAUUGGAAUAUAGAAAACAAUUCUGUUGAUGUUUCAGAAAGGAUAGAAUCUAGUUCACUAUUUAUCUUGGCUCUAUUCAUUCCUGUAUGUUAACAGGAGUAAAAAGCAAUCAAAACUCUGACGCUAAAAUCAGCUGUCUAGUUCUUAUAGAUGCAAGGAACAGAUAGAGUAAAUGUACCAUUUCACAUACAGUAGUUGCAUUUCCAAAUAGAACUGCACUUCUGAGCUUUCCUCUCUUCUUGGAGGCUUUCCCCUUCCACUUGUUAACUAACGUGUGAAUGAAAAGUUAAGCCUGGAUUUUUAAUACAUUCCCUUCUGGGGUGUAUUUAUGUGCUGGGUAAAGCUCUGUCCAAAAGCCUGCUGCAAUAUGGGAGAGCAGAAGAAACUUCAGAAUCCUAAUAAUGCCUCUGAUUAUCACUAGUUAGUUACACUGCAUGGAUCUCGUCUGACUUCUCCAUCUAUCUUCUGGUAAAGAUUGCAAGCAAGUGCUAAAGCUGGAAACAUAGCAAGGACUGAUUAAAGGUGGCCCAUCCUUGUAUGUCAAUAAGACUGUCCGUAUGUACACAAAAUAAACUAUAGUGCCUAAUGCCCUGCUGUGAACAGAUGAGCUACUUAGUUUUGUGAUGACGCUGCUACAACUAACAAACGAAUGCGUUCUAUAGAGCUGUGAGAAUUCUGGAUGAACCACUAAAGCUUUCCAUAACUUUCACUGUCCGUACAGGUUUGUUCUGGUAGGGAAGGGCUUAAUAAGGCUUUUAUUGGUACCUGGAAACGUAAGCUGCUGUAUACUUCUCAUUUGGUGACUGAAGUUGAACAUUUGCAUUGCUUGGAGAGAGGAAACCAUUACUCAGGAUCCUUCCUCUCCUUUGUAAUUGUUGGGAAUGGUGGGGUUACAGCAGCUAUCUUUCAGUUAUAGUAAAUGCAUUGGCUAGUCAUGUAUUAUAAGUGCCUCAGGAUUUCCAUGAGGAAAAAAUGCGUAACUUGAAGCAGUCUGUAGCCCUUAUUCUCAAUGUUUUUAAUGUUUGAAACUGAAAUUGAAUCUUCUUAUUCUCAGCCGUAUGUGUAUCUUCUGUGGCAAUAUGUAUGGCUCCUCUUUUUUUAAUGCAAAUUAAAAUAUUUUGAACUGAAAACUGA